AUGAGCUCCUCAGAAUAUGGAUUUGAGAGCAUUGAUGAAAUGACCAUACGUGAGCUUGAUAGGCUGGAAGGUAUUGCGCCUGGCGGUGUCAAGGACCCUACCCAAUCUCCUUCUACCGUGUCUUCCGCUCAGUCUACCCCUGUCCAAAACCGCAAGGGAAAAAGGCGGCGCGAAGCCAUUGCUACAUCCAGCCCAUCCACGUCAUCAUCCAGACCUCGCAUCAAACGCCGCACUUCCGGACCUUCAAGACUUGCGCACACGCUUCUGGAUACGGAGGCCGCUCAUUCCGGCACGGACACGUCAAAGGGUUCGCUGCCAUCCGAGGAACUAGAUGAAUACGAGUCCAGCUUUGUGGUGGCUGACGACAUAGUCGAGUAUGAGGAGGAGGACGACGUUGUCAAUGAGGAGUCCGUGGACAUCUCAGACGAGGAUGGUGUAGGCGUAAAAGACGACGGUGGGGUUGUCCAGCCCGGUUCUCGCGUGUAUGUCCUGGCGGACAGGGCGGUUGUUUUCGAGACGUAG